GCGGCAGCGAAGUGCGGGUCGUACAUCGUUUUCCCCCUCAUUCAUAAAAACAUCCGACCGGUCCGAAGGUGCCGCACGAGCACGAAUCCUUGCCGGCGUACCGGGACGUAUAGUAGGACGCUACAACUAACAAAGUUGCCAGUCUACGCUUGGCGUGCGUAGGAUUCGUUCGUGCGUGCAAAGAUAUCCUUUUUUAUUCUGCCUUCGUCUCGUGCAAGUUGAAACGACUAUUUCGCGUCGCUUUUUUGUGAGUUUGAAAAGUGAGCAGUGCAAGUGAAAAUUUACCAUUCCUUCGAGUGUGUGUGAUUCAAAAAGAAAGAAAAACGAGUGCAAUACCGAAGUGACGGCCAAAAAUCUCAUUAUCAACCGAUUUGCGUACCCGUUUUUGCAGGCGAGGGAAAAACGGGCUUUUCCACGUCUCACACUGUUUAACCAUCGUUCCACGAAUGGAUUAGUAGCGGACGUGCGUUUCUUGUCCGUUUGUUUGCCCGAGUGUCGAAAGUGAUAGUCGGAAGUAGGUAGAAUUUCGGCCACCCCCAAAACUAUCCCGUGGUCCGAGAAAAAAAAGGUCCAACCAACCAAUUUGCCAAGGUGGCCUUGGUGGAAAAUUGAAAAUCUGCAACACGAUCUUCUGGGCGACGCACCGAAGAAGCAAGUCGAAAGGAUUUGUCGUCGAAAUCUGUGCCUUAUCAUCGGCGUGCGUGCUAUUGGUCUCUGCCACCGUUUAUUCCCUUUCAUUUGCCUGUGGAAGAGAGUCCCACAGGAGGCAUUCAUCAGGAGGUGGACGUACAGGAAGCAGCUGCCGGAAACGUACCAGUCGGCCCCCCCUAUAUCAGGCGGCACCCAAAAGUAUAUAUCGUCCAAACCGAGCUUCAGGACGUGGAAGUGACGAGAAUGUAGAAUGAACAUUCCGGGAUCGUUCUUCCUGCAACGAGAGCGCCUGCUGUCCUGAUGCCUACAGCUUCGACCAUUCCUAGCUCUAGCGGAAGGUGUAGUGGAGCAGCGUGGCACCGGCGACAGCGAGUAUGCAGAUUACAGUUGGCCAUCCGACCGGUUGCUGGAGCACCGGCAGAAACUGGUGGACGUAUGGGAGCACAUCCGGAAAAUUCCUCUACAUAAAUAUUCUGCUCCUUCUGCUACACAACGCUCUUUCUGUUGGUGGACUGCGCAAAGGCAAGCUGGUACUUCCCAGCUCGUAUACCGCCCUUGGAGACGAUCUGGAUGUGCAGCUGCAUGCCGAUCCACUGGAGCUGGCUACGGUGGACCGGUUGAGGCUGGAAAUAGCACGGCAUCUGCCGGGUUCGGCUGGAAUCGUAGCGACCACGCUGGACAUACGUGUGGACGUGAACCAUAACGUGACACAGAUCAAGGUACCAUGCUAUCACUUCCUGCACGGUGGUCAUUAUGAGCUGGCAGUGCUGGAGGAGAAUGCAAGCCAUUCCCGGUUGGGGCAGGUGAUGGAUGAGCGGUUGCGACAACCGCUAGAUGUUAGUUGGCCUUCAGUACGUUUAGCUAUCACACCGAACCGUACGGACACUUACCCCGAGCAGAAGAUUCAAGGAAUGCUCGAAUUCCCGGACGUUCGAUGUCAACUUCCCGCCCAAGGUGUCGAUACGCUGGAUCUUCCCGAGCUAUGGCUGGAACUGUUCUACUGUGGCAAGUCGGUAGAUUCGUGCAGUCACGGCAACAACUCAGAACCCUUUUCGAGAGCACAAGUCCUGUACACGGAGCAAGUCCGUGGACUACCCCGCAGCAGAGUUGUCGAUUUCCGUUGUGAUCUUUUCGGUCUGGCAGGAUUCUAUGGGUUGCAUCUUAAAUCGCGAACCGGUGAGCCGGACGAUCCAACGAUGGCAUCACUGUUGCAAACCCGUGCCCUACUGCAAGCCGACUGGAGCAAGCAGUACGUCUUUACAGUGCACACAAGAAGCAUUUUUCCCUGUGAUCCACACGGUUCUGGAAUUCGUGUACUGUUCCAGUAUCCGGCCUGCAUCCUGAACCAAGCUGACCGGGUACGGGUGUACGCUAAGCUGCGAGCAGAUGUCCUUUCAUUGGCACCACCGACCUCUUUGCACUACAUCGCGGAACAGCGCGUCAGCAAGGGACAACACUCGCUGUACUUCGAGUGUGAUCUGUUCUACGAGAAAUUCGUCGAGUAUUGCUUCGUGUACGUCAGUCAGGCAAUAUCGGGAGCUGUCGCGGACAUACGGAUGGAUUGCGUACCAACGCUUCCGGUGUCAGCUUCCGAUUCUGGUGGAUGGGGACCCUGGAGCAAUUGGACGCACUGUUCGACAACAUGCCGCGGUGGCAUAAGAAAUCGCUAUCGAUUUUGUGACUCGCCACCACCUCGGUACGGUGCAAAGUUUUGCGAGGGUCCUUCGGUGCAGACGGAACGGUGCGGAUUGGAUACGUCCGGUGAUUCGUGGGAGUGCAUGUUCAGUCCUGCUAUAGGUGGCAUCAAUUUACCGCUGGAGAUCGAAGAUGUCAACACGGAGAUAGGACCAGGCUGUCGUUGUGGGUGCGUGAUCCAUCUAGGGAUGGUAAAACCCAAACGAUUGCUGGGAUCGUCCUCGCACAGCUGCCCGGACCGAAGUCUGUGGCUAAUAAAGGGAGACGACGGAUGCCGUGUGCGUAUGUCGAUCGAUUUCCAAAAGUUUCCCUGCGAUGGUCAGUGGCUAAAGAUACGGGAUGGGGAUUCGGUCGCCGACGAACUGUUGUUGCAGUUUGGCGCUGACCGGGCAGUGGAAACUUCCAGUGCAAUGGCGGAAGCGACUGGCAACAUGCUGUUGGUUGAGUUUUUCUCGCGCAAAACCGAUCAGUACGAUGAGGCAUGUAAUGCGGGAUUUUUGGGACAGGCAGAGCAAAUCAAAUUAGCACAUACCACUCUACAACCCACAGAGAAUAGUACUUCAAUGGCGAGCAAGGUGAUAAUGCCGAUUGUGGCAGGUCUGCAGAGUUAUGCUAGCUUUACGAUAGCACACGUGUGUGCCAUAGUGUUUAUUUGUUUCAUCGUGUUUGUGAGCUUCCUGCUCGUGGUGCAGUACAUCUUCCGGUAUAGGAAGUACGAGCUGGCCACCAGCAGAAUGGAGGCAGCCGAUUCGCCAGCUCACACACUGUUCGGUUCGAAUCAAUCGAUCGAACAAGGCGCUCCGAUUCAAGCUCGCUCGAGGGCUGUCUCCACAACGACCCUUAUAUCUGAGAUUGUGUCCUACGUGAAGUUACGACCACGGGUGACGACUUCCAUCCGGCACGAGCGCUUUCGGGAAAGUGUGGAGUAUGCGCUAGAAUCUACGAACAGUCGUUCGGAGGCAGCCGGUCGAUCGGAUGGAAGCUCGGAAAUCAUUAUGGAACUACAGGACAGAAGUGCAACGGAUGCGGAAGAUCGAGAACACCACGGAGAGGGUGAUGAUGAAACUCCGCUUCAAAGUCUGAACGAUUUGAACCAUCCGAACGAGCGAUCUGCUGAUGUCCCUAAGAAACGUCCGUCUCCAAACAAGGAUCUACAAGAAUCGGACGAUGAACGAUCAACAACGGUCAGUUCCGCUUAUUCAUCUCUAAACCGUGAAAAUACACCGCUCGUAGGAGUAAAGUCCAACAAGACUAACGUGGAAAUGCUGAGAACAGGUGAUCAACUCGUUAAGAGUGCUACUUGUCUGAUGACUACGUCCAGUACGAGUACAGCCACACUCACCAAUGUUAGUCCCUCCGAUGUUGAAUGUUGUUCGCCACCUGAAUUGGGCAUCCGGAGUCCCUUGGCAAGGCGCAACACGGGCACUUCUAUACGGACACGCAAUGCAAAAGAAAGUAAAGAGAAACGGAACCUACAGAAACUGCUAGCCGGUUCGGAUUAUUCUCUCGGGGCACCCUCCGAACAGGACAUGGAGCUGGACUACUAUGACUACAAUGUGAUUAAUGCGGGUGCAGCUCCUGGUUCGUAUCUCGGCAUGGAUCCAGCAUUUCUCGUUUGGAUACCACCGCUAGACGAUGGUUCGGACGAGGACACAAAACAUCCGAGGGCAGUGAUUUCCGAUGAUGAUGACGAAUUGACGGAACUUGCGAGUCGAGUUAUACGCGACGAUCGGAUGGGUGUCGAUGCGCGCAGUGAUAGUGUAACACCGAGUGAAGAACUUAUCCGCCAGCUGGCAGAACAGAAGCGCAACGAUUACGUGAUCGUAUCGAACAGCAUCUCCAAGAGUGACAUCUGUUCCGAAAGUGAUGGUGCGUCGACGGAUGGGAAGCUCCCGUUGGAACGGCGACGAAGAAAGCUGCACGAAUUGAUACUGGUGCGCCGGAAUGGUGGCAAUAGCGGCAAUAGUGGCCGUAGCGGUGAUCCGGACGAUACUGGAUCAGGAUCGUCCGUACGCAAAAGCUCCUCCGAUGAGUCAGCGGAGGAAAGGGAGAAGGAAACGUCCUUCACGAAGUCUCCGGUAGACAACAAACAGAUCAGUGAUUUCUAUGAAAUGGCCGAUAUUGCAUUUGCCGAUGAUGAGGCUGAUGAAGAGGAGGAGGAUGAGGAGGAGGAACACGAAAGCGAUGUUCCGAUGGAAGGCUUUUGUGUAGAUCGUCCAAAGGGAGGAACGAUCCUUUUGUCAACGGCAGGGAAUGGAAAAUUGGAGCCAAACAGCUUUGUGAAUGAAUCGAACAAGUAUAAACAUGCGGUGGGAGAUGUGCUGCAUAGAGACGUAGCCGAUAAGAUGGUUCAGUAGUGAUCAUACGCAACGGGAGUAAAAUGGUUGGCAAAUGGUUUUAAGACAUAGACAAAUCGAACAUACGACGUUAGGUCCUCAUGUACAGACUACCCAAAAACCCAUUCAAUUACACAUAUGAACACACCGGAAAUUACAAAAGUACAACUACCUGUAUCUCAAACCAUAUCGAUCGGAAUUGACGAUAGAAAUGAUCCCGCAUCACACGCAGUAGAUGAAACAAACAUACCCAAAAACACUUCGCCCAUUCUAGUCAAAACUCAUAUGAAUAUCUGUAUAGUGAUAUAACAGAAACAUCCUGAAACCUGUAGUUUUGUGAGGAGGUUUGAGAGCCCGGUAUCUAUUUUGCCUAUCUUUCUUUGGAUGGGGUUUUUAAUCCUUCCCAUUGCUGUUAGUAUUCUCGUAACGAUCCCGUAUAAAUCGCGUAGUGUCACACUGUGUACUGAGAGACUGAACAAGGUGUAAAUAGGUAGAGUUAGUAACGAUAUACGGAUCUGUUUCGUCUAGGGAACCAGUCUUGUAGUGGCUGUUGGAAGGCUUUACAACCAUAGGACUAGCUUAGUGCAUUUUAUCGCAAUGCAAACGAAACGUGAAACGAACUAUAGAGAGAACUUAUUUAAUCCAACAACUGAGAAAAAAAAGAUCAGAAAUUUCUGCAAACUAAAAGCUUACUUUCGAUGCGCUUAACGACUAUAUAUACAUACGCUCUAGUAUAAAAUUAUACGUAUAUGUAUGAAUGUA